GUUCCGUUCUACCGAGAACCAAUGAAGAAUGAAAAUUCGUUGCUGCUCCAUUGCGGGCUUGUUCCGGUUCGUUGCGGCUCGCAAUGGAAACCAAGGAAGGGUCGGUCCGAAGAUGAAAAAAAGGCGAAACGCGGCUGCAGGAAAGAAAAAGGCAGUUAAUUUUAGAUAUUUAUCAAAAUUCAACAAAUGGUGACAUAAAAGAAGUUGUAUGCUGCUUUGAAGAUAAUCUGCAAUGAUACUGGAUUAAAUCUGUGCGAUCAUAUAGAUAGAAGUAACAAUAUAAUAAGUGACUUUUUGUUUGGAUUAUCUGUCGACAUGGAGGACGAGUGGAGAGAUUAAAUAGUGCUUCAGUAGAUAAUAAAAAAUGUAUAAGAAAUAAAUGUACACGGUGUUGUAAUUAAUUCAUUAAAAUGUUUUACUGAAGCGAGUGACGAAGGAGUUAAGGUGGAAUGUGUGAAAUAACUUUGUGAUAUAAUGGGAAGUAUAAUAUUAAUGAAUGACUGCGCGAUUGUGUUACCUGUGACGAAAAAGGAAUUUAUCUGUUGAAUGCCCGUGUACAGAGAAUGAAGAAAAAGUACAUGCAGAAAUCAGACAAGGGAGCAUCCGAAACACGCGAACAAAUGAAACAGCCUUAUUCUUCUUCGCCCGAAUGUGUACUGCAAGUUUUCUAUCUGUUCCCCUUUAAGCCUCGCUACUCUGUGAUGUAAAAAGAUACGCGAGAAACAUGCUUAAUCUCGAAAUUUUCAGGCAAAUACUAAUAGGAAUCGUAUGUAAUCUAUUGAUCAUUGACAGCGGACUACACGAAGGAUGGAGUACUCCGAUUCUACCAAAAUUCGAGCAAGACGAUCCAUUGAGAGUAUCCACCGACAAACUGGUCUGGGUGGUGAAUUUAAUGUACGUGGGCGUCGGACUCGGGUCUAUCGUACCGUUUCUCUUGAUGGACAGGAUCGGCCGUAAAGGAACAUUAUUAUUCGCCACGGUACCAAAGAUUGCCAGUUGGAUUUUGAUCGGUUUAGCAGCUACCGUCCCUCAACUUUAUGUGGGCCGAAUAUUGGCUGGGGUAGGCUGCGGCAUUACGUACGCGGUGAUGCCGAUGUACCUCGGUGAAGUUAGCAGCAAACGGACAAGAGGUCCUUUAGGUACCCUGAUGGCGGUGCUGCUGAACACCGGCAUGAUGCUAGCCUACGCGAUCGGUCUCUGUGUGAGUCGUUUCACAAUGUCCAUGAUCUCGGUCUCCAUCCCAUUCCUGUUCCUGGUGUCCUUCGUUUGGCUACCAGAGAGCUCUGUCUUCCUCACGAAGAAGAACAAACUCACAUCAGCCGAAAGGACGUUGAAAUGGGCAUUGGGCAAAGAUGACGUGAUAGAGGAACUAGAAGAGAUCAAAAGGAUAGUCGCCACAGAAGAUUCAAGCAGUGAUAUGACGUUCGCCAGAUCAUUAAGGGAGACCUGGUCCAGGCGAGAAAAUCGGAAAGCGUUUCGCAUCGCGAUGAUCGUCUUGAGCGCGUUGACGCUAACUGGCGCGGCGCCAUUGUUGGCUUAUCAGUCGUUUAUAUUCGAGGAAGCUGGCUUCCAAAUCUCAACGAAUAUCAGCAUCGUAAUGACUGGCUGCGCGCUGGUGUUGGCUGGCGCGAUGUGCGUGUUGCUGGUCAGAAGCAUCGGCAAGAGACUUCUGUUGUUGCUCUCGGCGCCGGUCUGCGUGGUGUCUCUGACAACGAUGGCGGUGUUCUUUGGCCUUCUAUCCAGCGGCCACGACGUCUCCAGGCUGCGAUGGGUGCCUACCGUAUUCCUUGUGAUUUAUGUCCUCGGCUACGGACUCGCUCUGAACCCCGUGCCGCUCGCCUAUGUCGGCGAGAUCUUCCAUGUGGACGUUAAAGUGCCCGCUGCCAUAUUUUGCUCCCUCUAUUACGCCCUCACUACGACCACCGUCGUGAAGUUCUAUCAGGUAUUGCAAGAAUCGCACGGAACGUACAUGCCCAUAUCCGUGUUCACCGCGAUCACAUUCUUCGUCUGGGUUCUGAUCUACCGAUACGUGCCAGAGACUGAAGGAAAAACCUUGGAGGAAAUACAAAUUGAACUGAGAGGGAAACAUUGACAAUGAUUGUUGAAUCAGCACAGAAUCAGGAAUUAUUUAAUAAAUGACAGACAUUUUUGACUUAAACGUAAUACGUCGUAUGCACAGAAAAAAGUGAAUGUUUGUAAGUAUUAAGUAGGAGAAAGAGCAAAUGCUAGAUUUCUUGGGCAUAAUCUUUUAUUAGACGGUACUAGAAAGUAAAUGCUGAGAAAUCGUAAGAUAAUCGAGUAGAAUACUUGAAAUUGGAAUAGUAUUUACUUGAUGUUUUUAAUGAAUAUUAAAUGUUAUGUAUACGAAUUUUAAGUGCAUAUUUAUCGGCAAAUCCAGUAAAUAUUUCACUCUUUAGGAAUAUUUUAUUUUAAUAUGUUUAGAAUCAAGUAUUUAUUUACAGAACACCUAGUAAAAGUUAAUAGGUUUUUUUUAUGGAUAUGACUUAAUAUUUGUGUUUCUUUAUUUCCAACUUUUUAAAUAGAGAAUUUAAUACAUUAUACAACGUAUUUAGUUGUGUGUUAGACACUAAUUGAUUAAAAAUUCUCACGUGACUGAUCGUUUAGUGCUUAUGAUAGAAAGAAAUUAAUAUCCAGUAAUCACGAUUGAUUUAAUUCAUUGACAAAAUUAUAAUUUUGUAUAACACAUAAUUAUAAUUUAAUGUAUAAACUAGUGCUUAUUAAUUCAGUUACUAAUUAUUAACAUUAGUGGGUUAUCAAAAGCGAUAUUAGUCAUUAAAUAGAUAUAUAAAUCAUUAAUUAUCGAUUGCAUGUUUUUCAUGGAAAUAUAAUAAAAUUUUUAUUAAUUUUAUGUUAAAAUUAUUUUCAGUUGAAUUUGAUAUUUCAUUUUAAAUUGCGAUUGAUAAUUGUACAUCUCAAUUUUACUCGUUAAUUAUUAAAUCUUCUAAAUAUUCCACAGGACUAGUUUUGCCUAAUGUAGGCCAACUAAAUUUAGUGUGCUCGUUUUUAAACCUUAUGAUCUAGAUGUAAAUAAAGUCAAUAUUUCAUUUCUUAGUACUAAUUUAUUGUUGCUAUACUAACUUUAAAGAUUAUUUAAGGAUUAAAUAUUAUACACGAUUAGAGGUGUUAAAGUCUUUAAUGUGGCAACGAAGGCAAAUCGUUCUUUUAAAAGCAGGAAACCAAAUAAUCUUAAUGUUUCAGGAAAUAAAAUGUUGAAAAAAAUCGGCUUUACGUAAUGUACACUCUUCUAAAUAAAAUAUUUUUCUUCAAAUAUA